AUGCGACCUUCCAGAAGCCAUCACUUCCAAUUUUUACUGAAAUCAGAGACUUUUAGCCGGAAAAUGCCAAAUUGCUCCUGUACAAUCCGUUGCGAGUGUCGGAUCACCAAUUUGACCGGCGAAACUCUUGAGGCGGCUCCGGAGUAUUUGAAAAAAAACGCAAUCCGAUGGAGCUCCGCGGCUCAGAUAUACGAGGAGCUCAAAAAUCCCGGCCAUUUUCAGCUUUGUCACGUCGAAAAACGAUACAAGAAAAAUAAAUCCAAAAGUCAAUACCACUCCCCGGAGCGAUCCCCUGCGGGGACACCUCACCAUCACCGCCGCCUAUCACAUAAUCACUUGGCGUACGGUGGAAGUAUGUCGGAAUUGAAUUGUACACAGAGUUCUGUCCCAAUGUCUCUUCACAAGGUAUCAUCAAUCAACCGGUCAGCAGGCACCAACCCAGCAUCGAGAGGUGGUGAAUCGUCAUUGGAACUGGAAGCAAUUGCUGCCGUCCACGAACUUUCGUUCGCCGUCCAAUCCAUCUCAGUGUCGGAGAUGCUCCCACGCACGCCUGACCUCAUUUUUGUCAAUGUCACCACCUUAGAAGCUCAACCAUAUUGCCUGGAGCUCACAUUGAAGGGAUGGAGAAUCACAAGUCUCAGAUCGGACUGUAUGGUCGGAGAUUUCACGAGAUUGGAGCUUUUCACAAAGUACUACGAUAGCUUGUACCUUCUUAUGGACGAUAUCUCGCCGGGAUACAGAGAGCGGUUCAGUGAGAAGCUUGUGCAGAGGUUGAAGCUUAUUGAGGCCGGCGAGGAAGACCAGGUGGCUCCAUGUGCAUCCCUCCAGUCUCCAUCUCUUUCCACUGAUUCGUCAUCAAAAGAAUCUCAAUACUCUUCAACUGAAUCCCUUCCAAUUGUGACACCAGUCAGCACACCAGCUAUUGACCCGGAUUUUAAGCCCAAGUUCAAAUAAUUUGUCUGGAAAUUUGUAAAUUUCCGGCAACAAUUUACCGAUAACUUAUCAGUCACCGGGUUGUGAAUACCCCCAUAUUUUUUUUAAAUUUUCACAAAAACAUUAAUUUUGUAUUAUAUUUUUAUUGAUUGAUCUGUACAAUAUAUUAAUAAAAAAUAAAAUUUUUAUUUU